UUGUUUGCUUGUCUCGUUCUCGUCGUUCUCUCACCGUCCUGGCACUCCAUCUUCGUGUCCUCGACCUACAACACUGCCAAUUGCUACCCAAAUAAGCUAUCCGGUUGCACGUCAUGUUCACUAACACCAUCUCCUCCCGGCAGAAGAUGAUGCGCCGCAAGAAGAACGUCAAGAAGGGUAUCCAGUUCUGCCUGAUGGUCUGUGGCGCCUCAGGAACUGGCCGUACCACCUUUGUCAACACCCUCUGCGGCAAAGAGGUUCUCACUCACAAGGACUCCGAUGAUCCCGCAACCGCCCACGUUGAGGAGGGCGUCAAGAUCAAGCCCAUCACAGUUGAGCUUGAGCUGGACGAGGAAGGGACGCGUAUCGCCCUUACCAUUGUCGACACCCCCGGCUUCGGUGACCAGAUCGAUAAUGAAGCCAGCUUCUCCGAGAUUGUUGGCUAUCUCGAAAGGCAGUACGAUGAUAUUCUUGCGGAGGAGUCGCGCAUCAAGCGUAACCCCCGCUUCAGGGACAACCGAGUCCACGCCAUGCUCUACUUCAUCACCCCGACCGGCCAUGGUCUCCGUGAGCUGGACAUCGAGCUUAUGAAGCGCCUUGCGCCCCGAGUCAACGUUAUUCCCGUGAUCGGCCGCGCUGAUACGCUCACCCCAGCUGAGCUUGCCGAGUCCAAGAAGCUAGUGAUGGAGGAUAUCGAGCACUACCGUAUCCCGGUCUACAACUUCCCUUACGAUAUCGAGGAGGACGAUGAGGAUACUGUAGAGGAGAACGCCGAACUCAGAGGUCUCAUGCCGUUCGCUAUUGUCGGCUCAGAGGAUGUCAUCGAGAUUGGUGGACGCAAGGUCCGCGCUCGCCAAUACCCAUGGGGUGUUGUUGAGGUUGAUAACCCGCGCCAUUCCGACUUCUUGGCUGUCCGCUCGGCCUUGUUGCACUCGCAUCUCGCCGAUCUGAAGGAGAUCACCCACGAUUUCCUAUACGAAAACUACCGUACCGAGAAGCUCAGCAAGAGCGUUGAGGGUGGUGCUGGAGUUGACUCCUCGAUGAACCCUGAGGAUCUCGCAUCCCAAUCCGUCCGACUCAAGGAGGAGCAGCUGCGUCGUGAGGAGGAGAAGCUUCGUGAGAUUGAGGUUAAGGUCCAACGCGAGAUCAACGAGAAGCGCCAGGAGCUCCUCGCCCGCGAAUCUCAGCUUCGUGAGAUCGAAGCCCGCAUGCAACGCGAAGCGGCGGCGGCUGCCCAAGCAGGGACACCUACUACCAGCCACAGCCAUCAGGAAAUUAACGGUUCCCCAGAUGGAAACUAAGCACCAACGACACUAGCACUUACAUACCUAAUCUGUCGUCUCUGUUUACAUCCACAUGAACAGCUUCAAUACCCCACAGGGCGACCGGGU